CUGACGUCAAUGCCAAAGUAAACGGAGGGCUGGAUCCUGUAUCCCUGGGCUUCUCGCAGACCGUCCUGUCAUUUCAUCUCCGAACAUCUGUGGCCGGGACCGUCUGCACCUGCGAGAUUCUCAAGUUUAAAUGUAAAAUAUUUGGAGACAAGAUCAUAAGAAUUCAUGAACAGCUGGAUGGGGUUCACAGCCCUACAUGUAAGGUAUAUCCAGCCCUUGAUGAGGACCCUAUUAUUAUCUUCAUGAAGGUUCCACGGUGCUGCUCUCUGCUGCCCGAUUUCAUCUACAGCAACUUACCAUAUGUGUGAUAACGAACCUCCACUGACUGCAUAACUCAUAAGGUUGGUUUGGGGGACUGACCAUGGAGUGCCUACUCAGCAAAAUAUCCAACAACACAACGGGUGAGCAGGGACUGAACACAUCUCUUGCCAACACACUCAAAAUCCAAGUGAACCAACUGGCAGACUUAGAUGAGACAUUACACAGCAAAUUUUAUGGGCUCUGGGUGGCCCUGCUGAUCAUUAACACCCUCAUUUUCCUCAUUGGGAUAAUAUUAAACAGCUUGGCCAUUUAUGUGUUUUGCUUCCGAACCAAAGCCAAGACCACGUCAGUCAUCUACACCAUCAACCUGAUAGUGACGGACCUCCUGGUGGGGCUCUCUCUGCCGACCCGCAUUGUCAUGUACUACAGCGCCGAGGCUUGUCCAACCUGUUCAUUUGUCCACAGCUUUACCUACUUUGUAAACAUGUACUGUAGUAUACUCUUCUUGACUUGUAUAUGUGUUGACCGCUAUAUGGCCAUCGUGCAGGUUGAGGCAUCACGAAAGUGGAGGAAUCCCAACUAUGCCAAAUGCUUCUGUAUUUUUAUAUGGAUAUUUGCUGUGGUGGUGACCUUCACCAUCUUGACCACGACCAUUAGUCACCCGUCGUGUUGCUAUUUUCAGCUCUUUACUCUGACUAUCUUCGAAUACUUUGUGCCUCUUAUCAUCAUCACUUUCUACACCCUAAGGAUCAUGUGGGCCCUGUCCAGGUCAACCCUCAUGAACCAAAGUCGGGAGAGGCGCAUGAAGGCCGUACAGCUUCUCAUCACCGUGCUCAUCAUUUUCACGGUGUGCUUCACGCCCAUACACGUCAGCCAAGUGGUCUUCUGUGCCAGUCUAAACAUGCCUCGGGAUGUCAUACUUAUCGUCUACCAUGUCACAGUGACGCUGAGUAGCCUUAAUAGUUGUAUGGACCCUAUAGUCUACUGUUUUGUCACCAACAACUUCCAGUCCACUAUGAAGAGCAUCUUUAGGAAGCAUCGACCAGAACGGAAAAGCAUGGACAUUGUGAGUCUACACAAAAACUCAAAGGGUUCAGGGACAAUCACAGCGAUUUCCAACGCAAUAGUAAGCUUGCCAUUACAGAAUAGCAAUCUUAUAUAGUGUGGUCAAUGUGGUCACGUGACUCUGGACAAUGAAUCGAGCAUUCUACAAUAGACACUGUAUCACUAGAUACAUAGGACUGGUGAUAAAGACCAGAAACAAAGACAAGAUGCAUUCCAAAGACGACCUAUUGCUCAUGGAGAUGUAAAGCGGGAAUUCAGUCGUACUGUAGUUUUUUUUAUAACUUUUCAUGAUUUUUUUUUCUUUUCUAAUGAAAAACAAUUUAUCCACAGGCCAAUCUGAUGUGUGUAAA